AGCAGGUAUGCUUAUUAUACCAUUACAUCUUUUGCGCCUGUCGAAAUCUGUUUUCUUGAUGUGCUUUUACAGGAGAGAGCAGGAGUCCCGCAUUGUGGUCAGCUGCUAACUUUGAUGGAUGGGAACAAAAAAUCUUCAAAGAAGCUUCCCCACGUAGUUGUUGUCGCGUCAACUAACAGGGUGGAUGCUAUUGAUCCAGCAUUGAGAAGGCCAGGACGUUUUGACUCAGAGAUAGAGGUCUCUGCUCCUACUGUAGAAGAAAGGGUGCAGAUUCUUGAGCUUCAUACCAAGGAUCUACAUCUUCAUGAAACUGUCGAUCUUCAGACUAUUGCUGGAUACUGCAAUGGUUAUGUUGGAGCUGAUUUACAAGCUCUAUGUCGAGAAGCUGCCAGAUUUGCUUAUCGUAGAUUAUCAAACUCAUCUGAGGAUGAGGAGAUGAUCACACUACUCAUGGAAGAUUGGGAGUCUGCUAGAUCUGAGGCCAAAGCAAGCAUGAUAAGAGGGGUAACUAAAGAAGCUCCAACUGUUUCAUGGGAUGAUAUAGGAGGUUUGAAAGAUCUAAAGAAAAAGCUUCAGCAAGCUGUUGAGUGGCCCAUCAAGCAUGCUGCUGCAUUUGCUAGACUAGGGAUAUCACCAGUUCGUGGUGUGCUUUUGCAUGGUCCUCCAGGGUGCUCAAAGACCACCCUUGCCAAGGCUGCAGCACAUGCUGCCCAAGCUUCUUUCUUUUCUUUGAGUGGUGCAGAACUAUAUUCGAAGUAUGUUGGAGAAGGUGAAGCUUUGUUGCGAAGAACAUUCCAGAGAGCACGUCUGUCUGCUCCAAGCAUUAUAUUUUUUGAUGAGGCUGAUGCAAUUGCCCCUAAAAGAACUGGUCCUGAUGGGGACAGUGGCAAUGCCACAGUAGGAGAAAGACUCCUAUCAACUUUGUUGACUGAAAUGGAUGGUUUAGAACUGGCUACGGGCAUUAUUGUUUUGGCUGCUACUAAUCGUCCCAAGGCAAUCGAUGCAGCGCUUCUCCGCCCAGGGCAUUUUGAUAUGGUGUUGUAUGUUCCGCCACCAGACGUGCAAGGUCGGCAUGAGAUACUACGCAUCAAAACACGCAAGAUGGGGUUAGGGGAGGAUGUGGACCUUGGGAAGAUAGCGGAGUGCACCGAGCUGUUCACCGGUGCUGAUCUCGAAGGUUUGUGCAGGGAAGCAGGAAUGUUGGCACUGAGGGAAGAUAUCACUGCAAGUUCGAUAGACAAGGCUCAUUUUGAGGCUGCAGUAAGGUCGCUAAAGCCAUCACUGACAAAAGCAGAAGUUGACGAGUACGCAGCUGCUGCCAUACAUGGUCCAACAACGAGGAAACAUUAAAAUAUGUUACAUCUUCUAGUUUCUGUUUAAGCUUGUAUUGUGGAAGCAUUCUAGAUCAGUCUGUCCUUUGAUAAUGCUAUUGCUGGUCAGUUGAAUGAUAUGUUCGUGCAUUUCUUUUUAUGGAAAGGUCAAGCUUGAGUGCUUAUGAUGUUCCAGUUAUUCUGGUUGUGUUUGCCUACAGCUGUU